CCGCAGUACCUGGAGGAUCGUUUUUUGCUGAACGACAUGAUGCCCGUUUGGUUCACGGCCAACCUGGAUACAGUGGUCCAGUACGUGCAGGACCAGAGCGAGGACUGCCUCUACCUGAACGUCUACGUGCCCACGGAGGAUGAUAUCCACGAUGAGAACGGGCUGAAGCCGGUCAUGGUUUACAUUCACGGGGGAUCGUACCUGGAGGGCACCGGGAAUAUGAUCGAUGGAAGUAUUUUAGCGAGUUACGGGAACGUCAUCGUCAUCACGCUCAACUACAGACUCGGAGUACUGGGUUUCCUGAGCACCGGGGAUCAGGCGGCGAAGGGGAACUACGGGCUCCUGGACCAGAUCCAGGCCCUGCGCUGGAUCAAGGAAAACAUCCAGGCGUUUAACGGAGACCAGAGAGUCACCAUCUUUGGAUCUGGAGCUGGAGCCUCCUGUGUCAGUCUCCUCACACUGUCCCACUACUCUGAACACAUGUUCCAGAAGGCGAUUAUCCAGAGCGGGACGGCGUUGUCCAGCUGGGCGGUGAACUACCAACCGGCCAAAUACACUCGAGCUUUGGCCGAGCGCGUCGGCUGUAACAUGCUGGACUCCAUCGACCUGGUGGAGUGUUUACAAAAUAAAAACUACAAAGAACUCAUCGAGCAGUACGUGACUCCCGCCAAGUACCACAUCGCCUUCGGCCCGGUCAUCGACGGAGACGUGAUCCCCGACGAUCCGCAAAUCCUCAUGGAGCAGGGCGAGUUCCUCAACUACGACAUCAUGCUCGGGGUCAACCAGGGCGAGGGCUUCAAGUUCGUGGACGGGAUCGUGGACAGCGAAGACGGCGUGUCCGCGAACGAUUUCGAUUUCGCCGUUUCGGAUUUUGUCGACCACUUGUACGGUUACCCAGAAGGCAAAGACACGCUGCGAGAGACGAUCAAGUUCAUGUACACGGAUUGGGCGGAUAAGGAGAACCCGGAAACGCGCAGGAAAACUUUGGUGGCGUUGUUCACGGAUCAUCAGUGGGUGGCGCCGGCGGUGGCCACGGCAGAUUUGCACGCGCAGUACGGGUCGCCGACUUAUUUCUACGCGUUUUACCACCACUGCCAGAGCGACAUGAAGCCGAGCUGGGCGGACGCGGCGCACGGAGACGAGGUCCCGUACGUGUUUGGGAUUCCCAUGAUCGGACCCACGGAUCUGUUCAACUGCAACUUCUCCAAGAACGACGUGAUGCUCAGCGCCGUCGUCAUGACCUACUGGACCAACUUCGCCAAAACCGGGGAUCCAAACCAGCCCGUACCGCAGGACACGAAGUUCAUUCACACCAAACCGAAUCGCUUCGAGGAGGUCGCCUGGACGAAGUAUAACCCCAAGGACCAGCUCUACCUCCACAUCGGACUAAAACCACGAGUCCGAGAUCACUACAGAGCCACCAAGGUCGCGUUUUGGCUGGAACUGGUCCCGCAUUUGCACAACAUCAACGAAUUCUUUCAGUACGUCUCCACUACCACCAAAAUCCCGCCGCAGGAAACCACGCCUUACUCUUACACGAAGCGGUUUUCCGGUAAAAACCCUUGGCCGUCCACUACGAGACACCCGGGAGUUCCGUCCGCGAAUACAAAACAGACCACGGAUCAACGGAAAAGCACGCUGGAAAACUUGGACGCCGGCGAAGAGAUGUACAUCGUCCGGAAAAGCGACUACUCGACCGAACUCAGCGUGACGGUCGCGGUCGGGGCGUCUCUUUUGUUUUUAAACAUUUUAGCGUUCGCGGCGCUGUAUUACAAAAAGGACAAGCAGCGCCACGAGACCAACCGGCGCGUGCCCACCCCGCAGCGCAACUCGGCGGCGAACCCGGCGAGCAACCCGACGCAGGUGGCGACGACGGCCAACGACGUGGCGCACCUGCAGAGCGAGGAGCUGAUGUCGCUGCAGAUGAAGCAACAGCAGCUGGAGCACGACCACCACCACGAGUGCGAGUCCAUGCAGAGUCACGACACGCUGCGGCUAACGUGCCCGCCGGAUUACACGCUGACUCUGCGACGCUCGCCGGACGACAUUCCGCUAAUGACGCCCAGCACCAUAACCAUGAUUCCCAACUCGCUAGCUAGCAUCCAGCCGCUGCACAAUUUCAAUACGUUCGGAGGAAGCCAAAACAGUACCAACUUACCACACGGGCACUCGACUACGCGGGUAUAG